CAAGAGCUGGCUGAGGACGAGCCUGUGUGAUGCAAGACUCGGCGACCUGAUGACCAUUAGCCUCCUGGAGUACGACAUGGACUACCCUGAGAUCGUGGAGAUCUGGAGACGCCAGAAGAACCGCAGACAGGCAAAAGUGGUGGCUUAUGAGAGGAGCAGCGAUGCUGCCAAGGGCAAGGAGCAUGAUGAGUCAGAGGAGGAUAGUGGCUCUUGUGAGAGUGCCUCAGAGGGAGACGAGGAUGAGCAUGGUGACUAAUGUAUGUAUGUGUAUUUGAAAUG